GAGGAAGGGGGGGUCCAGUCUCCCCUGGCCGAACACUUUUUUUCUGAGAAGUCCUGAAAGUAAUCUCCAGGACCAGGACUCUGCUUCCAGCCUCUGGAGUUCUGCCUAGUCGAAGUGCCCCCCCUCCUUGAGCCCUAACGGCCAUGAGAGCUGUCAAUGUGUGCUAUUGCUGCCCAUGGCGACUACUGCUGCUGCACUUUCUGUGCAGCUCCAGUAUGGGGUCUCCGUCUCCUUCUACCGACCCAGAGAAGAAGGGAGGAAGCCAGGGGCUGAGGUUCCGUCUGGCUGGCUUUCCUAGAAAGCCCUAUGAGGGCCGUGUGGAGAUACAGCGAGCCGGCGAAUGGGGCACCAUCUGUGAUGAUGACUUCACACUGCAGGCUGCCCACGUCCUCUGCCGGGAGCUGGGCUUCACAGAAGCCACCGGUUGGACCCAUAGUGCCAAAUACGGCCCAGGAACAGGCCGAAUCUGGUUGGACAAUCUGAGCUGCAAGGGUACUGAAGGAAGUGUGACUGAAUGUGCCUCCCGGGGCUGGGGAAACAGUGACUGUACCCAUGACGAGGAUGCUGGGGUCAUCUGCAAGGACCAGCGCCUUCCCGGUUUCUCAGACUCCAACGUCAUUGAGGUGGAUCAUCAGCUCCAAGUGGAGGAAGUGCGACUCCGACCAGCUGUGGAGUGGGGCAGGCGACCCCUGCCUGUGACUGAGGGCCUGGUUGAAGUCAGGCUUCCUGAAGGCUGGUCGCAAGUGUGUGACAAAGGCUGGAGUGCCCACAACAGUCACGUAGUCUGCGGUAUGCUGGGUUUCCCUGGAGAAAAGAGAGUCAACAUGGCCUUCUACAGGAUGCUGGCCCAGAAGAAGCAACACUCCUUUGGUCUACACAGCGUGGCAUGUGUGGGCACAGAAGCCCACCUCUCCCUUUGCUCUCUGGAGUUCUAUCGUGCCAAUGACACCACCAGGUGUGCUGGUGGGAGCCCUGCAGUGGUGAGCUGUGUGCUGGGCCCUCUUUAUGCCACCUCUACUGGUCAGAAGAAGCAGCAACACUCUAAGCCUCAAGGGGAGGCCAGUGUGCGUCUAAAGGGCGGUGCCCACCCUGGAGAAGGCCGAGUGGAAGUCCUGAAGGCUGGCACAUGGGGAACAGUGUGUGACCGAAAGUGGGAUCUGCAGGCAGCCAGUGUAGUGUGUCGAGAGCUGGGCUUUGGCACUGCCCGAGAAGCCCUGAGUGGUGCCCGCAUGGGGCAGGGCAUGGGUGCCAUCCACUUGAGUGAAGUUCGGUGCUCUGGCCAGGAACCCUCCCUUUGGAAAUGCCCCUCUAAGAACAUCACAGCUGAGGACUGUUCCCAUAGCCAGGAUGCAGCUGUCCGGUGCAACCUCCCCUACACUGGGGUGGAGACCAAGAUCCGACUCAGUGGGGGCCGAAGUCGAUACGAAGGGCGAGUCGAGGUGCAAAUAGGGGUACCUGGGCAUCUACGCUGGGGCCUCAUCUGUGGGGAUGACUGGGGAACACUGGAGGCCAUGGUGGCCUGUAGGCAACUUGGUCUUGGCUACGCCAACCACGGCCUGCAGGAGACCUGGUACUGGGACUCGGGGAAUGUAACUGAGGUGGUGAUGAGCGGAGUACGCUGCACAGGGUCUGAGCUGUCCCUGAACCAAUGUGCUCACCACAGCACCCACGUCACCUGCAAGAGGACAGGCACCCGCUUCACUGCAGGAGUCAUCUGUACUGAGACUGCUUCGGAUCUGCUGCUGCACUCAGCACUGGUACAGGAGACUGCUUAUAUUGAAGACCGACCGUUGCACAUGUUGUACUGUGCUGCUGAAGAGAACUGCCUGGCAAGCUCUGCCCGCUCGGCUAACUGGCCCUACGGCCACAGGCGUCUGCUCCGAUUCUCUUCCCAGAUCCACAACCUAGGAAGAGCUGACUUUAGGCCCAAGGCUGGGCGCCAUUCCUGGGUGUGGCAUGAGUGUCACGGGCAUUACCACAGCAUGGACAUCUUCACUCAUUAUGAUAUCCUGACCCCCAACGGCACCAAGGUGGCUGAGGGCCACAAAGCUAGUUUCUGUCUAGAAGACACUGAGUGUCAGGAGGAUGUCUCCAAGAGAUAUGAGUGUGCCAACUUUGGAGAGCAGGGCAUCACUGUGGGAUGCUGGGACCUCUACAGGCACGACAUUGACUGUCAGUGGAUUGACAUCACAGAUGUGAAACCAGGAAACUACAUUCUUCAGGUGGUUAUCAACCCAAAUUUUGAGGUAGCAGAAAGUGACUUCACCAACAAUGCUAUGAAGUGCAACUGCAAAUACGACGGGCAUCGCAUCUGGGUGCACAACUGCCACAUCGGUGAUGCCUUCAGUGAAGAAGCCAACAGGAGGUUUGAGCGCUACCCAGGCCAGACCAGUAACCAGAUUGUCUAAAAUGCUACCGCCCUCUCUGCAAACCACCACUGGCCCCCAAUGGCAGGGGUCUGAGGCUGCCAUUACCUCAGGAGCUUACCACAAGAACCCCUGAUGUCAGCAGGCGCACUACAAAUGAUGAACUGUUGAAGAGAAGUUGGUGCCUCCCUUACUUGGUCAGCUGGCAUUACCUUUGGCCAAGCAUUACCUUUGGCCAAGCAUGGAGAAUCAGCCAACAGACCCAGCAGUAGACAGAACACGCCACAAAGAACUGCCCCACACAGGAUGGCAGCAGCUCAUUCUCUUGACUAGGGGAGGUCAAGAGGGUCAGCUCCCAUAGCUCUAAGUUCUCCUAAGUACCGCGUUACCUCCAGCCAUUUGAUGGGGAAAAGAUCCAGCCCCCUCCCCCCAUGUUUGACUGUAACAUGUUGCUAGGUAUAAUUUUAUUUUAUAUAAAAUGUGUUCUUCAGA